AUUCUUGAGAACUUUACAUACAGCGGUGCAACACUUGAGUUGAUAAAGACCUUGACUUUCCCUUUUUGUUCAUGUUAGGCUCUGAAAAUAUGCUUGUUUUCCCUAUUUUCUGCCUCAUCGUGCUUCUAUAGGCAUAAUCGAUAGGUUAUAUGAUGGGUUGGACACAGUAGCACACGAUGGGCCUUGGAGGUCUAAGAGGUGUAUUCCAGCUCUUUAUUGCUUUGAUGAUGAACGCGAUAUAAGGACGUAGAAAGAUGGAUUCCUUGUAGGCAAUUUGAGUAAGAGUGAGUUUGGCCGAGUUAUUCUGUUCAUUAUGUGAUUAAAUAAAUUGCACUCAUGUUUCCUAUUGUGGAAAUAGUCUUUGCUGUCCUACGUGUGCUUCCCAUCUCCGACUCGCCACGAAAGCGUAAAUAUUGUGGGCAUUUAUUACAACCGUUCAGCCGAAACGCCCGGGAGCUGCAGUUCCUUGAAGCAAUAACUGCUUUUGAUGAACGUGGACGCGGAGGAAAAGACAGCGCUGUGACUCGGGAGGCAGCGGGGUUACAAACGCGGCCUCCUCGCUGCUCCGAAGGCGAAUCCUUGCCAGGGGCUCGCAGGAAAUGCGGCUGCCCUGCCUUCUAGGCAAGCCGAGCCAUGUUCCUGAAGACCACUUUGUCUUCUGCAAGUAGAAGCACCGUGAACAGAUGAAUCUCUUCAGGCAAACAUUCCUCCCAUAGAGGCCUCUCAUGGAGCACCACAGCAGAGAGGAGAUGGACUCCAAAGAGGAAAGUCCUCAGGUGUGGGCUGACUCUGCUGAGCAGGAGCAGAAUUCUGCUCAGGUGCACUUUGUCCCUGAGGGGGGGACAGUGGCCCAGAUCGUGUACAGCGACGACCAGGACCGUCCCUCGCAGCAAGUGGUCUACACAGCAGAUGGCACCUCCUACACCUCCGUGGACACCUCGGAGCACACGCUGGUUUACAUCCACCCCGUGGAAGCUACGCAGACUCUGUUUACAGAUCCGUCCCAAGUGGCUUACGUCCAGCAAGAUGCUACCACCCAGCAGGUAACGGUGCUCUUGCCUGCUGCUGCCCAGAGCAUGAACCCCAGCACCCUGCCCGUGCUCAGCAACGUUGCCCAAUCCCCCCAGCAAAUGGCCCUGGAGCAGGGGCCACAAGCAGAUAGAGCAUCACUACCGGUGCAUAACCAGGUGUUACCUCCUAUGGAGGCAGUGGAUGGUUCGGACCCUUUAGCACCUUUGCAGAAUCAGAUGGGAAGGAUGGAAACGAAAGAGGAAGACGACGAAGAUGAAGACGAGGAUGAAGAGGGGGAAGACACUGACAUGGAUGAGUGGGAUCCGGAUCCACCUCGGCCUUUUGAUCCCAAUGAUCUCUGGUGUGAGGAGUGCAAUAAUGCGCAUCCGUCCGUGUGUCCCAAGCACGGCCCUCUGCAUCCCAUCCCAAACCGGCCUGUGCUGACGAGGGCGAGAGCCAGCCUGCCCCUGGUGCUCUACAUAGACAGGUUCCUGGGAGGUGUCUUCUCCAAAAGGCGCAUCCCCAAGCGCACGCAGUUUGGACCCGUGGAAGGACCCCUGGUCAGGCAAACGGAGCUCAAAGACUGCUACAUCCAUUUGAAGGUGUCUCUUGAUAAGGGUGACAGAAAAGACAGAGACUUGCAGGAAGACCUGUGGUUUGAACUUUCCAGCGAGGCUCUCUGCAACUGGAUGAUGUUUGUGCGCCCGGCUCAGAACCACCUGGAGCAGAACCUGGUGGCCUAUCAGUACGGCCACCAUAUUUAUUACACGACCAUCAAAAAUGUGGAGCCCAAGCAGGAGCUCAAGGUGUGGUAUGCUGCCUCUUACGCAGAGUUUGUGAACCAGAAGAUCCAUGACAUAUCUGAAGAGGAAAGGAAGGUCCUCAGAGAGCAAGAGAAGAACUGGCCGUGUUACGAGUGCAAUCGGCGCUUCAUGAGCUCGGAGCAGCUCCAGCAGCACCUCAACUCCCACGAUGAGAAGCUGGACUUCUUCAGCAGAGCCAGAGGCAGAGGCCGUGGACGAGGAAAGAGGAGGUUUGGACCAGGCAGACGCCCGGGGCGCCCGCCCAAGUUCAUGCGCAUGGAAAUAACCAGUGAAAAUGGUGAAAAGUGUGAAGAAGGGACACAGGACUUGCUGCAUUUUUCCAGCAAGGGGCAGUUUGAGGAGGCCGGACAACCUCCCCUGAACGGGCUGGAGCAGCAGGACGAGACUCCGGGGCCACCCGCUGCGCAGCCGGCCCUGGAUCAGCACCCGGAAAACCACCCGGUGCCCAUCCAGCCGCAGCACGAGGAGAGCGCAGUGCCCACGCAGAGCACCAUGACAGCAGAUGACAUGAGGCGAGCAAAGCGAAUCCGGAACGCAGCUCUUCAGCAUCUCUUCAUCCGCAAAUCCUUCCGCCCCUUCAAAUGCCUGCAGUGUGGAAAGGCCUUCCGGGAGAAGGACAAACUGGAUCAGCACUUGCGGUUUCACGGGCGGGAAGGCAACUGCCCCUUGACCUGCGAUAUCUGCAACAAGGGCUUCAUCAACAGCAGCGCCCUCGAGAGCCACAUGAAGUUCCACAUGGACCAGAAAACCUACUCGUGCAUUUUCUGCCCCGAGUCCUUCGACCGCUUGGAUCUGCUCAAAGACCACGUGGUCGUGCACGUCCACGAUGGCUAUUUCACCUGUCCCACGUGCAAAAAGCGCUUCCCGGAUUUUAUCCAGGUGAAGAAACACGUGCGCAGCUUUCACUCGGAGAAGAUCUACCAGUGCACCGAGUGCGACAAGGCCUUCUGCCGUCCCGACAAGCUGCGGCUCCACAUGCUGCGCCACUCGGACCGCAAAGACUUCCUGUGCUCCACGUGUGGCAAGCAGUUCAAGAGGAAGGACAAGCUGCGCGAGCACAUGCAGAGGAUGCACAACCCCGAAAGGGAGGCCAAGAAAGCCGACCGCAUCAGCCGCUCCAAGACCUUCAAGCCUCGCAUAGCGUCCACGGACUACGAGAGCUUCAUGUUCAAGUGUCGCCUGUGUAUGAUGGGCUUCCGCCGGAGGGGCAUGCUGGUGAAUCAUUUAUCAAAGAGACAUCCAGACAUGAAAAUAGAAGAGGUGCCAGAACUCACGUUGCCUAUCAUCAAGCCCAACAGAGAUUACUUCUGUCAGUACUGUGAUAAGGUGUACAAAAGUGCCAGCAAGCGCAAAGCCCACAUCCUGAAGAACCACCCGGGCGCGGAGCUACCCCCCAGCAUCCGCAAGCUGCGCCCUGCGGGCCCGGGAGAGCCGGACCCCAUGCUCAGCACCCACACACAGCUCACAGGCACCAUCGCCACCCCGCCGGUCUGCUGUCCUCACUGCUCCAAGCAGUACAGCAGCAAGACCAAAAUGGUACAGCACAUCCGCAAGAAGCACCCCGAGUUUGCUCAGCUGCCCAACACGAUCCACGCGCCGCUGGCCACUGCUGUCAUCAGUUCCACUCCUGCUGUUCUGACCACUGACAGCACCACCGGAGAGACUGUUGUGACAACAGAUUUACUGACGCAGGCGAUGACAGAGCUGUCACAGACCCUCACCACGGACUAUCGAACCCCUCAGGGGGACUACCAGCGCAUCCAGUACAUCCCCGUGUCCCAGUCCACAACUGGCCUGCAGCAACCUCAGCACAUCCAGCUGCAGGUUGUUCAAGUGGCUCAGGCUACCUCACCGCACCAGGCUCAGCACUCCACGGUGGACGUCGGGCAGCUCCACGAUCCCCAGACAUACACCCAGCACGCCAUCCAGGUGCAGCACAUCCAGGUCACGGAGCCGGCCCCGGCAAGCCAGCCUUCAGCACAGGCUGGGGGUCAGCCCUUGAGUCCCUCCUCCCAGCAAUCUCAGCAAGAGCUCAGCCCCUCGCAGAUGCAGCCAAGUGCAUCCACGCCAAAUCCAGCCCUCCAGCAGCAGCAGCAGGGUUCUUCAGUGCAGCACACGUAUCUUCCUAGCACAUGGAAUUCAUUUCGGAGCUAUUCAUCUGAGAUUCAGAUGAUGGCCAUUCCCCAAGGCCAGUACGUGAUUGCAGAGACAGCUGUAGGUACUCCUGUCACGACUGUCAACACGGGGCAAGUGAAAGCAGUUACACAGACUCACUAUGUGAUAUCCGAAGGUCAGCCCGAUCUGGAUGUCAAACAAAACUCGGCGCUCUCCGGUGAGGUACAGGUCGGUGUCUCCCAGCCGUCGGGCCACCCUGAUACCUUGGAAUCUCAAACGAGUAACCAGCAGCAAACCACCCAGUACAUAAUCACUACAACCACCAAUGGGAACGGGGGCAGUGAAGUGCACAUCACUAAGCCAAGAACUUUCUCAGCAGAACAUGAGUGAAGAAACCCUGUGGUGUCAUUUGCUCCUAUUUUUUGACCUCUCCCCAAAGCCCAGAUGUGUGGGCGUCCUGGAGCUCGUGGGAUUUAACGUGUAUGCUCCCUUCAGCUAAAAUCUUGGAGCUCUUGUUAAUGCUUUAAGAGGGUUUAAGUCCCCUGUGACAAUGAAGAAGCACCCUCCAAAUCCUUCUGGGAUGCCACUUUAUGCAGCUUUUAACAAAAAGGACAAGAAGAGAAAGGGAAUCUCUGCUUGCCCUGGACUUCAAUUUUUUUGGCAUGUCUGCUGACCCUUAUUUUUCCUUUUUGGAAGCGUCUCCAGUACAACACUUAUUUCAGUGGUAUGGGGAAAAGCUUGGUUGGAGGCUAACUGGCAGAUUAUGUUCUAUGUAUAUUUUCACUAGGAGCUGUUAAACAAGAGGACAUCAUGUAAAUUGCUGGUGUAUGGCAGAACUGCUUCCUGUGUGUUUGUUUCAGCAGCCGAGGUGAAAGGGAACGUGCCAGCUCCGUAGCGAGCAGACUGCCCGGAGAAAAAGAGCAGCAGCCAAGUGGGGACUCCUUGUGUAUGUUUGUGGGGAUCGAGAGAGCAUCGAAGCUGUGAAGCUGUGCAGAAGCAGUCCAUUAAAUUAUUAUUUUUCCAAUCCUCUAGAACUGUUUACAUGCUGUCUGCUCGGCCCUACCUUACCAAGCAGUUCAGAAGAAGGAGAAGGGCUGUCUUAAGCCCUUGUUGUCUGGAACAAGCUGAUUGAAAUCAGAGUACCUAAUGGUAGGACGGAGCCACUCUUGUCUCUUUCCCUCCUGCAUUUGCAGGGAAAUUUUUUGCCAUAGCCUGCAGAGCAGCUUCUGCUGUGACCUCUAAUGAUGCUUGUGUCAGGAGAAGAUGAGGGUAGGAGAAAGAGAAUAAUCCUCUUUUUGAUUUGGAGGUUAUACAAUCAAAGGGCACUGAAGCCUGUGCUGUGUUUUUGCUGUUGGAGACUUGCUUGAACAUGCAGCAUUUGAAGAGAACCUGUCUAAAACCAACUCCAGGGCAAGCCUCCCAAGUCACAGGGUAGUUGUCUCUGUUGCUACCCCAAAUUGGAUGUUUUUUUUUCCCCUUGAAGACUGGAUGGAGAGCUGGUUACUCUUUUUUUUCCAAAUACCAUGUUAACAACACCCUAAUUCUUGUGGACCGUUUCAUAAAAUGACCGGCCCUGGACUCAGGAAAAGAAAAAUACUAGUGGACCACUAUUACAGGAGGUAGAAAGCCAUCCACAAGAGUUGCCUGCUUUGGUAGACCUGGUCUGUGUAUAGAAUUCAUGCUUAGGGACCAGGAGACAUGGGGAGAGAAGUUUUAUCUUUUAAGGCAGUGUAAUUUUUUUCUGGUGUAAUUCCCCUUCAUGGGUCUUGUAGGUUGGUUAUUUAAAGCAUUUUGGUAUUGGCAAGGAUGACUGCAGCUCCAUGUACUGUCAAUGAGAUAUACUGUAUGUGUCUAACCCUCCAUUCACUCUGCUUGAAAACUCACCCCAGAACAUCAGUGCAUAUUAUUUAAAAACAAUAAGUUUUGUCUUUAUGGUCUUUGAGACCUAAGAGCUAGGAAAGGAUCUCUAUUUUAUUUUGUGUGUGUGUGUGUGUGAAUUCACUCUGUGCUGUGUCGAGGGUGAAUCUGCCAUUCCUUUACCCAAGUACUCCCAAGAUUUAGGUGAGCAUUUCCAUAUGGAAGUGCUAACAGGAUACAGUAUCAAGCCUUUUGGUGGCGAAGCUUUUAAAUACAAGAAUUAAACACUCAACGAGCAGAAACCUUGUUACUUGCUGGCAAAGCCUUGUAGCACCUUUUGCUUUUGGGAAAUAAUGUAUCUGUCACCUAUGGUGGGGAAAUAGUGACUUGCAUGAUGAGAUAAAAUCUUAUUUAACAUACUAGCCAGCUCAGAAUGGCCUGCACAGGGAACCUGGGAUUGAUUUGGCAAAACGUAGAUGAAUUUGUGCCUGGGAUUUUGAUUCUGUAUCAAGGCAUUAACAGGUGGGGCACUUACAUGAUUUGUAGAAGGUGCUGAGGACCUGAGCUCCCCUCUGGUCCAUUUUGGUGAUGAUUGCUGUUGAAUUGCGGGGAUUUGGGCUGAGCUGAAGCCACG